CACACACAGAGUUUAGAGUCAGCUGAAGAAAUGGCAAGCAAUGGACUUGAACUUGAAAUCACUGAGCUCAGAUUAGGCCUUCCGGGGAGUGGCCAUACCUCAACUUCAAAACAUGACAACAAAAGGGUUUUCUCUGAGAUGAAUGCUAAUGAAGGAGGAGAUGAAAGAAGCAGCACCGACUGCGAUGGUGCUGACCGGAGACGUUCGAAGAAAAACCAAGUUGUUGGGUGGCCACCGGUUUGCUCUUACCGGAGAAGGAGCAACGGUAAUGACAAAGAUCUAUCCGAAACUUCGAAGAUGUAUGUGAAAGUAAGCAUGGAUGGCGCCCCUUAUCUUAGAAAAGUUGAUCUUGGAAUGCAUAAGGGAUAUUCAGAUCUCGGGAUGGCGAUGGAGAAUCUCUUCGGUUGUGCAAUUGGAAGCUCGGAUUAUGUCCCAAUUUAUGAAGAUCGGGAUGGCGAUUGGAUGCUUGUCGGCGAUGUCCCAUGGAAGAUGUUUGUUGAAUCAUGCAAGAGAUUGAGGAUAAUGAAGAGAUCCGAAGCUAAAGGGUUUGAGAUUCAAGUACCAAAAACUCGAAGUAGUAGUUCUCCAAGGAAACUUUAAAAGAUGAGGCGGAAGACGAUCGAUUGGAUCGAGUUUUCACAAUUUCCUUUUUUCAUCGAUUUGAAAUGUAUACAUACAAUAUAUAUAUAUACUCAGGAUCAUACCCUAACUUGAUAAUGUUAAUGA